GUUAGUAAUGGCUGCUUAGCUCAUUAUAAUAAAGUUAUAAAUGAUGCGGCUUAAUAAAAGUUUUAUGUGAUUACUGCGUAAAUAAGUAAACAGUUGUAACCAAAAUGCUUUACUUUUUAUGUAUCAUUUGUUUUCUAUCCCGAACGACAAUUUCGCAAGUUAUAGAUAAGGAAACACACACAAUUUUCUUCCAAAUAGCUGGAAUUUUCGAAAAAGAUUCCAUCACGCAAAGACUUGCCUUCAAGGAGAGCAUGCGUGAUGCCAAAUUGGGAAUGGGUCUGGAGUCUAACAGCCAUGGCGGAAAAGCAUUAAAGGAUUGGCGACUAGAACCAGUUAUUCUACAGCCAGAUAGGACAGACAGUUACUCUGUUUGGAAAAACUUAUGUUCUAACAAAACUAUGCGUCCAAUUGCCGUAUUUGGUCCCCAAAACCCUAUAUCGGAUGGGACAAUUCGAGAUCAAUGUGCCUUGGCGAAUAUACCUCACAUACAAGCAACAUGGAAACCUUUAGACACUGAUUUAGGGAUAGACGAAGAAGACAAUCCUACAGAAGUUACCGAAGAACCGACAUACAAAAAAAUUUCAAUUAACUUUUAUCCGCGAGCCGAAGAAAUUUUGCAAGCGUAUGCAUCGUUGUUAAAGUACUACAAAUGGGAAAACUUCGCGGUUCUUUAUGAAGAUGACUUCGGAUUAUUGCGAAUACAGAAAAUUCUCGCGGAGUUUACAGACCAUUUUCCUGUAACAGUCAGGAAAUUAAAUCCAAUGGAGGAUAACGUUAAAGUAUUUAAAGACCUUAGUGCGUUUAAAGAAAGUCGCAUAAUUUUGGAUUGCCACGAAGAUCGUAUUCUUAAAUACCUAGAAGAGGCUCGCACCGUUAACAUGUGUAAUGAAUACCAGCAUUAUAUUUUAAUCAACAUGGAUACUUCUAAAGUCGCCGACAAAUUAACUUAUUUCCGUUCAAAUGUUACCUGGCUUAGUAUAGCCGAAUACGAUAAAUUGCAAGACUCGAAACAUUUCCUAGUCUCGAGGGUGGGGCGAUGGACCAGCGAAACACCGACUUCCCUAUCUCCUCCAGUAACACUUUUUAAGGUAGAAACACUUAUAAUGAACGACGUAGCAAACCAUGUUCUCAAAGCUUUAAAAGAACUUAAAGCAGACCACGACAUAAAAACCCCAUAUAAUUUUCUGUGCGAAACUGAUUCAGAGCCUUGGCCCUAUGGCGCUUUACUACAAGAGAAAAUACUUAAAACAAAAACUACUGGUGUCACAGGACAGGUCGAAUUUAAUGAGAAAGGUGAACGAGUUAAUUACACGUUAUAUAUUAACGAAAUUUACGAAUCGGAGUUAGACACGAUUGGCACUUGGGAUUCUACAACCAAUGGUCCAAUUAUUGAAAAUAGACCUGUAUCAAAAUCAAUAGGACAUCAAAAAAAUAGUAAACAUUUCAUUAUAAUAUCUAGAAAAGCAAAACCCUAUUUCUAUGACAAAAUCAAAUGUGAAGAAGGCAAUAAAACCUGCAUUGAAGAACCUGCUGAUGAAAAAUACGAAGGAUUUUCAGUCGAUCUCGUUGAAAAAAUUUUCAGUACAUUACGUAAAUAUAAUUUCAAUUACACGUACUCAUUUCUAGACAAAGAAUAUAAAGAUUACGGUACAUAUGAUCAGAAGACCAAAAAAUGGGACGGCCUUAUAGGUGAUCUAUUAGAUAAAAAAGCAGAUCUUGCAGUGUGUGAUUUAACUAUAACGGAAAAAAGGAAAAAAGUUGUAGAUUUUUCAGUUCCCUUUAUGACGCUUGGAAUAAGUAUUCUUUACACUAAAGAGAAAAAAGUAGCUCCCGGAAUGUUCUCUUUCCUAAAACCAUAUACGUUUGAUGUAUGGAUGUACACAGCAACCGCUUAUUGCGUCGUAUCAAUCGUUCUCUUUGUUUGUUCAAGAAUAUCGCCAGCUGAUUGGGAAAAUCCGCAACCGUGCGAUAAAGAUCCAGAAGAAUUGGAAAAUAUUUGGAAUUUUAAGAACUGCACUUGGUUGACAAUGGGGUCAAUUAUGACGCAAGGAUGUGACAUAUUACCGAAGGCAAUCGGCUCUCGAUGGGUUUGUGCCAUGUGGUGGUUUUUUGCGGUAAUUGUUUGUCAAACAUACAUAGCCCAGCUUUCGGCUUCUAUGACAUCAGCCAUGGAAAAUGAACCUAUCAACAACGUUGAAGAUCUUGCAAAACAAACGAAGGUUUUGUAUGGGGCUAUUAGUACAGGCUCUACCAUGGACUUCUUCAAGUUAUCUAAGGAUAAAAUGUACAGACAAAUGUACGAAAAUAUGAUGGCGAAUCCAGUAGUCCUGGUAAAAAGCAACGACGAAGGUGAAAAGAGAGUUAUUAAUGGAAAAAACAAAUACGCAUUCUUUAUGGAAUCAACAUCCAUAGAAUAUAAAUUAAAAAGAAACUGUGAACUUAAAAAAGUAGGUGAAGAACUUGAUUCCAAGGAUUAUGGCAUAGCUAUGCCCGCUAAUUCUCCGUUCAGAUCGCACAUAAAUAGAGCAAUACUGGAAUUAAAAGAAUUGACGGUGUUGGAUGAAGUAAAAAAGAAAUGGUGGGAGGAAAAAAAUGACGCAAAACAAUGUGAAGACGAGAAAGAUGAAAACGACGCAGAAGGUGACUUAGAAAUGCAAAACUUAAUGGGUGCAUUCAUUGUCCUAAUAGUUGGCCUCGUGUUCAGCUUGUUCAUUACAGCUGCGGAGUUUAUGAACGAAGUGCGGAACAUAGUUGUUCGUGAACAGGUAACUCAUAAGGAAGUUUUUAUCAAAGAACUUAAAUCAUCAUUGAACUUCUUUCAAAUGCAAAAACCUGUCUUACGUAAUCCGAGCCGAGCGCCAUCAUUAGCGUCACCCGAUAGCGAAAAGGACGCCAAACGUAUUAACGUAAUGGAAAAUUUUCUCGAAUUUGAAAAAGAAGAACAAUAAAACUUUUAAUCAAGAAGGUUAAGUAUCUAUUUAGGUAUUGCCUUGCUCCACCUAUCGUGUUUUUUCCAAGUCAGGUGUCCCGGUUCUAUCCAUUUUAUUACCAUUAUGCGAAUCCCAAUAUCUUUCAAUUUUGUUCAACGCUGUAUCUCGAUAUUGGUAAUACGAUCUAUGAACUUAGUGCCAAAUAUAGCUCCAUUGUUCUCUCUGCAACUCUCAUCCUUUACAUAGUUCUCUGAGUUGCUUACUCAGAGAACUAUGUAAUUCCAGAACAUUAGUAACGGUUUGCAGAUUAUAAAUAUAGUGUUAAGUUUAUAUAUUUUAAUAAGUUAGUACUCGUU